UCCUGGGUUAAAAAAACACACACCCCAAACCCUGAUCUGAUCUGAUCUGAUCUUGCUGACUGUGGCCAUCGAGAAGUAUUCAUUGUGCUGUCGAGGAUCCAAGCAGACACCAUGAAGAUUCAAUUAGCGGCAGCACUCUCCAAUCUCUUUUUUUGCCUGAUUUUCCUGGUGCUUAUCACAUCCUCUGCUGGAGAAGGGCUUGGAAAGGGUUUUGGAGAUCACAUUCAUUGGAGGACACUUGAAGAUGGGAAGAAAGAGGCAGCAGCCAGUGGUUUGCCUCUAAUGAUUAUCAUCCACAAGUCCUGGUGUGGAGCUUGCAAAGCUUUAAAGCCAAAAUUUGCUGAAUCCAAGGAGAUCUCCGAACUUGCCCAUAAUUUUAUUAUGGUAAACCUUGAGGAUGAAGAAGAGCCAAAGGAUGAAGCUUUUAGCCCUGAUGGUGGUUAUAUUCCCAGAAUCCUUUUCAUGGAUCCCAGUGGGAAGGUCCAUCCAGAGAUUAUAAAUGAGAAAGGAAACCCAAGCUACAAAUAUUUCUACAUCAAUGCUGAUCAAGUUGUCCAAGGAAUGAAGGAAGCCCAAGAGAAGCUGACAGGAGAUGCUUUCAAACAAAAACAUCUCGGAGAUGAAUUAUAAUAUAUAUAUAUAUAUUGAACAUUCCUUUUCCAUCACCCUGAAGCUCUGAAAGGAUAAAUGAUUUUUUUUCUUUUAAACCAUUAAACAUACCAAGAAAUGUAGCUGCACUGAAAGGAUGUAAUUCUCCUCUCAGUAACUUGGAAGGUUAAACACUAUCUGAUUUUUCACACACCUCCAUCAAAUACAGUGUUAUCUUCUCCUCCCCGUCUAGUUUACACUUCAGUGCUUAUUUACAGCUGAUGUACAUGCAUACACAACCUCAUCUUGAAUGGAUACAUCAGAUCUGUCCAUGUAAACAAUGACCACUAGUAUCCAGAGGCCUAGAUCUUACCCUCUUCUUAAGUGGAAUGAUUUUUACAUUUUCAAAUAGCCAACACUUGGUCUCCAAUCAGUGCUUGCUCCCCCCCGUUUGACUGACAUUAAGUCAUCCCUUUGAUUUCAGUGGGGAUACUCAUGAGUAGGAGAUGUGACUCAAGCCUGCUGUAUUCUGAAAAGCCAAAAAAAAAAUCAAACCAAUAAUUCUGCCAUGAACACUAACAUAAAUAGAGUUAUUUUCAUUAAUAUCUAAGAGUAGCAUGUGGAUUAGUCACUCUGUACAUUCUUUUUCUUGUAGGAACUCUUUGUGACUUGACUUUAUUUGCAUUCAGGUUGAAACUCCACCUGUCUAUUGUAUGUUCAUCUUUCAAUUGUUUUAUUAAGGAAAGAUAGAAUAUAUUGAAGCAUUAUGGGGUUCUCCCCCUUUUUUGCGGAAUGUUUUUGGAGAAUGUCUUGCCAUCACAUUGUACUGUAUUUUUGUACUAUGGUGAAAAAUAAAAAUGAAAACUUUUUAAGAAUAA